CCGACAUUUAGUUUUACUGGUGACGGUAGUCUGUGCUAUCAUCUGUGCCACUACCGGCCAUCCCACGGGGCACUCCGGUUUCAAGAAGCCCAAACGUUGUGGCUAUGAGGCCUGUCCCGCUCCCAAACCGGGAAUGCUGAACGUCCACUUGGUUCCUCAUAGCCACGACGAUGUUGGCUGGCUGAAAACGGUCGAUCAGUACUAUUAUGGAAGUCGCAGCAACAUUCAGAAAGCGGGAGUGCAGUACAUUCUGGAUUCGGUAGUCCAGGAACUGUUGAAGGAUUCGAAACGACGCUUCAUCCAAGUUGAAUCCGCUUUCAUGCAGAAGUGGUACAACGAGCAAACUCCGAAAGUGAAGAGGCAGGUCAAAAUGUUGGUGGACGAGGGUCGUUUAGAGUUCAUUGGUGGUUCGUGGAGUAUGAACGACGAAGCCGCCGUUCAUUAUCAAAGUGUCGUGGAUCAGUUCACGUGGGGCUUGCGCUUCCUGGACGAUACAUUCGGCGAAUGUGCACGGCCACGGAUCGGGUGGCAGAUCGAUCCGUUCGGACACUCGCGCGAACAGGCAUCCUUGUUCGCACAGAUGGGCUACGAUGGGAUGUUCUUUGCCCGGCUCGACUACCAGGACAAGAACCACCGGAUGGCAACCCAGACACCCGAAAUGGUGUGGCGCACCAGUAGCAGCUUGGCGAACAACGAUCUGUUCACGAGUGUGCUGUAUAACCACUACUCGGCUCCACCGGGCUUCUGUUUCGAUGUUUUGUGCAACGAUGACCCAAUGAUUGACGACAACUCGAGCACUGAUAACAACGUGAAAGAUAGGAUUGAUACCUUUAUAACGUGGUUGGAGAAAAUGGCCGAAUCUUACCGGUCGAAGAACUUGAUUCUGACCAUGGGCGAUGAUUUCAACUACAUGAACGCUGUGAUGAACUUCAAAAAUAUGGAUAAACUUAUCAAAUACACAAAUGCGCGUCAAGCGGAAGGAUCGUUGGUGAACGCGUUCUACUCCACACCUUCGUGCUAUCUGAAGGCCGUACAUGACGCUAAUAUUGAGUGGCCUACAAAGUCUGAUGACUUCUUCCCUUACGAAUCGGAUUACCAUUCCUUCUGGACGGGUUACUUCACCUCCCGACCAACGCAAAAGCGCUACGAACGCGACGGAAAUCACCUGCUGCAAGUGUGCAAACAGCUUACCGCACUGGCCCCGUCUCGGGAGGAGCACAUGGAACCACAUCUGACGGUGCUGCGGGAGGCGAUGGGUGUGAUGCAGCACCACGAUGCCAUCACCGGGACCGAAAAGCAACACGUGUCCGACGACUAUACGCGUAUGAUGCACCGAGCGCUCGGUGCUUGCGAAGUUAACACCCAGGCAGCACUGAAUCAAAUCGUCGAUCCGCAAUUCCGUCGACUUCGGGCGCAUCCUCUCGAUAGGGAGCCCGCAGCGGCACCGACUUACAAGUUCGCUUUCGAAUCCUGUCAUCUGCUGAAUGUAAGCAAAUGUGAACUGACGGAGUCGAAGGACAGCUUCACCGUUACGCUGUACAAUCCGCUCGCCCAUGCUGGCCAUCAGUAUGUGCGCGUUCCGAUCACGGGCACCCGAUACGUCGUGCGGGACUAUCGCAACGUGGAGGUUCCAUCGCAGCUGGUACCGAUUCCGGACCCGGUACAGAGCAUCAGUUACCGGUUCAGCAACGCAACGGCGGAACUGGUGUUUCUUGCCAACGAGCUACCUCCACUGGGCUUCAAAUCAUACUUUGUGACCCGCGCACUGGACUCGGUGGACGAUUUUGUCCACCAACCGGCGCCAGUACCACCGACCCCGGAGGAACCCGGGUCCGUCGCAGCGACUGUCAAUCAGUGGCAGCAGGAGGAGGUAACGAUCGGUAACAAAAACCUUGAGAUCAGCUUCGAUAGCAGCGGCUUCCUGAGCUCGAUCACCAUCGAUGGAGUCACGAACCGGCUCCGCCAGUCGUUCGUGUAUUACGAGGGAGCUCUCGGCAAUAAUGAGGAGUACCGGAACCGAUCAUCGGGGGCGUACAUCUUCCGCCCGAACGGGACCGAGAAAAGUGUCACCGAAACCGUGCAGCUAACGGUGGUGAAGGGACCGACCGUGCAGGAGGUACACCAGGUGUUUAACGAUUGGAUCAGCCAGGUCGUCCGAGUGUACGCCGAUGAGAAUCACAUCGAGUUCGAGUGGAUGGUUGGUCCGAUUCCGGUCGACGAUGGCAUUGGGAAGGAGAUUGUGUCGCGAUUCUAUACCGCCACCCAGUCCAACGGUGUCUUCUGGACCGACUCGAACGGGCGUGAAAUGAUGAAGCGCGUGCGCAACCACCGAGAUACCUGGAAUCUGAACCUGCUGGAGAAGGUGUCCGGCAACUAUUACCCCGUAACGGCCCGGAUUGCGCUCGAAGAUCCAAACCUUCGACUGGCGGUGUUGAACGAUCGGGCACAGGGUGGCUCUAGCUUGGAGGAUGGUUCGCUUGAGCUGAUGGUGCAUCGCCGGUUGCUCCACGACGAUGCGUUCGGUGUGGGCGAAGCGUUGGACGAAAAAGAGUUCGGUAAGGGGAUGGUGGCGCGCGGCAAGCAUUGGGUCAUAUUUGGUCCCAGAACCGCCACCAGCCCUACACUCGAGGCUCGGGAGCGAUUCCUGCAGAACCAGGUGCUGCUGCCGAAUUGGCUGUUUUUCAGCGACGUGAGCGACUUCAACUACGAAGACUGGCAGAAGCAGUACACCAACAUUUACUCUGCACUCUCACUGUCACUGCCGUUGAACGUACACCUGCUUACGUUCGAGCCUUGGCACGAUAACAGCAUUCUAGUUCGCUUCGAGCACCUCCUGGAAGCGGACGAGGAUCCACUGUACUCCAAACCGGUGCGUUUCAACGUACAGGACGUGUUCCGUCAGUUUAGCAUCGAGCAGGUUCGCGAAACCACGCUUGCUGCCAAUCAGCUCAAGGAGGACUCCACAAGGAUGAAGUUUAAGCCCGACCCUUCGUACAUCGUGUACGGGUCUGACACCGGAAGAUCCUCCCGUGUGGACACAUCUCGCUCUGCACCGCGGCCGAGAAGUGUUGCCGAUACCGGACGAAACAUUGCCGAUGAUGGUUUCGAGAUCGUGCUCAACCCGAUGCAGAUACGAACGUUUAUCUUUCAGCUAGAGUACCGGCCAUAGACCAGAGAGACUGCAAACGUAGCAAUAAGUUCUUUCUGUUUUUCUCUGUAGUAAAAUAGAAUGCAUU